UUUAUAACCACAUUUUCUCUCAGAAUCCAUAAAAAGAGAGAGAGAGAGAGAAAGAUAAAUAAAAACAAAACUGAAGAAGCUAGAAGAUGGAGAAAAGUAAUGAUCAUGACAAGGCUAGCCACGGCGGCUCCGGUGGUGGUGCCACGGAGAAGUGGGAGGAGACUAGUCCUGGAAUCCGAACCGCCGAGACAAUGCUCCGGUUAGCUCCGGUGGGGCUUUGUGUUGCAGCGCUUGUUGUCAUGCUUAAGGACUCCGAGACUAAUGAGUUUGGUUCAAUUUCUUACUCCAAUCUCACAGCUUUUAGGUACUUGGUGCACGCAAAUGGAAUAUGUGCAGGCUACUCUCUUCUAUCAGCAGCCAUUGCAGCGAUGCCUCGUUCUUCUUCGACAAUGCCUCGUGUUUGGACCUUCUUUUGUCUCGACCAGCUUCUGACCUACCUGGUUCUUGCUGCUGGAGCAGUGUCAGCUGAAGUUCUAUACUUAGCUUACAAUGGAGACUCAGCCAUUACUUGGAGCGAUGCAUGUAGCUCCUACGGCGGUUUCUGCCAUAGAGCCACUGCUUCUGUUAUAAUCACAUUCUUCGUGGUUUGCUUCUACAUCCUUCUCUCACUAAUCUCCUCUUACAAGCUCUUUACUCGCUUUGAUCCUCCUUCCAUUGUUGACUCCGACAAGACCCUCGAAGUCGCUGUCUUUGGAAGUUAGAUCCUCCAUUUGCUUUGCAAGUACAUCUAAUUUGUUAAGUUUCACAUGUUGUCUUUUUUAACUUUGGUCAGGAGAAAGAAUGCUUUUGUGUUUGCUCUUGCUGUCAUUGCUUUUAUUCCUAUUA